UGUGACAGUUUGUUAUCAACUUUCGUUAUCUGUUCUAUGUAGCUGUCCAUUACGAAUACCAGAGCUCCUAGGUGAAGCAUAACUAGAGGAAUUCUAAGGAAAUGGGGGAAACUAAAAAAGUGUUUAUCGGAUUGACAAUAUACGUAAGCUUAGCAGCAAUAGGACUUGUUGUGGCUGCUUUCGUCACAGAGCAUUGGAUUUCGGCUUUUGCACAAAAGAAAAACAACACUUUGAGUAGAAAUGCUUCUGAAACAGUUGGGAAAUUCACCGGAAAUAUUACUUUUGGAUUGUUUGCAGGAACAAGAAAGGUUAAUUAUGGAGUCGGCGCUAGAGAACAAACAAUCGAAGUGGUGUGUGACGGAGCGGCUGGGUAUUGUCUCUUAUACAACACAACAGCCGUCGACAAGAAAACAAAACUACAGAUGGUGGUAGACGAAUACAACAACGCCUCGACAGUCCUAGCUUCCUCUUCAGUUAAAAAAGAGCUGUACGAGUUCGGCCUGUUCCCGUAUGGUCUGUGGGUAGCCACCAUCGUACUGUCUGCGCUCGGCAUGGCCUGGGGCUUGGUCUCAAUCGGAUUCUCCAUCUUCAACAUCGCCGGCAAGCCGAUAGAAACCAUCACAGGCCCCAUGGGCCUUUAUCUCUGGAACGGUCUGGCAUUACUGUUUACUGCCCUGGGUAUGGUGAUGUACCUCGUCCUGUAUUUCCGAUACUACCAGUACAACGUGCUACCACUAGAGGAUCGUCUGGCCGACUAUACCACAGAGAACAACACCGACCUCGAUUACUCCUUCUACUUGCUUGUGGCUGCCACCGGCCUUUACUUCAUAAACUUGUUAUUUCUCAUCUUCUCCGGAGCCAAACUCAAGUGUGGUUUCACGCGGGAGGCUGACAAAGUCAUCGAUAACGGCAUUAUAUUGUACUAAUGUAAUGCUAUAAAUGGUAUACUGUGUUGUAUACAAGUUUAUGCUGUAAUAUGUAGUAAAUACAUUUUUACAUAUCGGGGCCACUUCUUAAGAAAAAAUGUGGAGUAUAUAAUGUUGGUUUAUGGAAUUUAGAAUAAUUUUAUGAUUAUUUUUUUCGCGAAAUGUCUUUUUUCUUUAUGACCAUGCAACAAUCUUUUUGGUUCCAGUGUUUCAACUUUUGAGGUUUUUAAUGGUAAUCACAGGAAGCCCACUAAAUUUUGUCAGUAUGUGUUCUAUACAUUGUAUCAUAUGUAACCGGAAAUAUUUGUGUCACUGCUUGUAUUACUUGAAUUGUACUAAGUGAAAUGAAAUUCUGGCAAUCGAUGCAUUCGACUGAAUAGUGGACAUUUUAUAAAAAAUUGACCUAUUUAAUUGAAGGGCUAAUUAAAACAAUAGUUAAAUGUCUUUUCAUUUGAGAAUUUAUAAACUGAAAGCUUUGUUUAGAUUCAAAAAGAUUGCCGCAUGAUUCGUAAAAGAUGGAAGAUGGUGUGUUGAUGAUGGCAUCGCAAUGGUCUGACCCCUCUGGAGGGUUGCUUAUGUUUGACCACCUAGAGGGGUAUACAGAGGUAGAUUUUAAGGAUUAAGUUGAUUCGAGGAAUACAGAGCAGGUUGUAGGGAUUACAUUGGUCUGACCAUUCCACGAGAUUCAGGACGUUUGUCCAUUCCAGGUAUCUCCAAUAGGCUAGGUUGUAGCUAAAAUGAAUGGGCUCAAGAGCAGGUUGUAGGGAUUAUAUUGGUCUGACCAUUCCACGGGAUUCAGGGCGUUUGACCAUUCCAGGUAUCUCCAAUAGGCUAGGUUGUAGCUAAAAUGAAUGAGCUCAAGAGCAGGUUGUAGGGAUUAUAUUGGUCUGACCAUUCCAGGGGGACGGCAUAUUUGACCAUUCCAGUCCUAGGUAUCUCCAAUAGGUUGUAGCUGACCAAUGGUAUACUUAUUAAUAGUCUAUUUAACUGCAUUGCCACCAAAAAAACCCAUUGUUUUAUUUGUAGUUAAAAUAAAAUAGAUUGACUUACAUGGUAUAAGCUGAUUACAUUCCCAGCUUGUAUGGAGUCAGAUAUAGGUACCCAAAACAGAUAAAUGUUGACUGGGUACAAGACCACUCUUAUUAUAUAAGCCAUAAUAGUUUGCUAGUACGAAUCCAUCCAUAACAUAUUUGAUAAAUCACAUAUAUUUUUCAAGAUUUUAUUUUUGUCUAGAAUUUUUUAUUCGGAUACAUUGAAAUAGGACACCAAUCCUUCCCAGGUUAGGUUAUAAGUUCAGUUUUGUAAAAAUAUGUCUGUGUGAAAUAUUUGUGAUUUUUGAAUAGUUAUCUAAUACAUAUAUAUAAUCUCUUUAAGUUAACUUCUUUAUUUACUCGGUGUUCAGUGAUUUCUGUUUCAAAUUUUGAUUUGAAGGAUUACAAAGUAUAAAAACCGAAACCAAAUGAAAAUCAGUGCUAAAUUAUUUUUUUUAGAAAUUUUAUGCCACAUAUUUACUAAAAGUUCUGAUGAAAUUGAUUGAUACAUACAUUCCAAUGAAUUGUCAAUGUGUGAUUUUUUUUUGUAUCUCAGUAAUCAGUUAAACAAACAGAUUGGAUAAUAUAGUAAACAUGAUUUAUUUCCAUUGUUUAACGUUAGUAUUUUGUACGUAUUUAUAUUGUUAAUCCAAAGUUUUAAUUGACAUUCACUUGAACCUCACAUCUACACAAACGCAAUGUAAGGAAAGCUUGCGAGAAGACAUUUAUUUUUGAAAUCCUGAUAGGUGUGAUUUGAAGCAUCAUUUCAGAGAGCCGUCUGUCUUUUUCACUCUGCCUUUUCGGAAUGUUUGAGGAAGUUUUGAACACUCUACGUUCUAGGUUCAGUUAGCGUUACUGAAUUUAAUCUUCACACAUUUUUUCGAAUUUGUUUCAAAAAGAAUAUUAUUUCCUGUUUAUUUAUCAUAUGAAAUAAUGUUGCUGAACAAAAAAGGAAAAUUACUAAAGUUCAGUGAACAGUUAAUCUGAUUUUGACAAAGAACAUUUUGCUGCAUGGUACAUUUUUAAUACGAUAAACUAGUGAUAAAUUUUAAGUUGGGCCAAAAAAUAUAAUGGCUUCUGAAUGUCAAGAAAGGUGUUUGAUCAAGAAAACGGCAGUAUGAAUGAUGAUAGUUCUGAUCACAGCUAUUUUAAUUAUGAAAUCCAAAAUCCAUCCAGAUAAUUGAUAAUGCAUUAUGUUUGAAAAUGUGUGCAUUCUCACCUCUCUCUGUGUCUGGGGGUAAUUUUAACACAAACCCCAGGAGUGAUUAAAGCAUGCCAUGUGGUGUUCUGGGAACCAGAGACUGGGCCCAUAUUCAUGAAACUGUCUUAUGCUCAAAUUCAGAUUCUGUGUUCAAGCCCAAGAUCUUGUUCAGAUAUUAAUGAAGACAAAAUUCAAAUGAUUUGGAUUUUUUUAAUUUUAUUUUUUAAAGAGACUUUAACUGAAUACUGUUUUCAAUAUUUCCACUUGACUUUUUGAUUGUUUGACAUGAUUGAAGUAAGUUAGAAGGAGGCUAGUAUGAGCACAAAAUGCAUGCUUGAGUCUGAGAAUGUUUUCAUGAAUGCGGGCCCUGAUUUUGUUUGCAUCAGUUGUACAGUACUGAGAGAGCGAAGACUGUUUUUAUCACAUUGUUACACAUUUAGUUGUAUUUGUUAAUGCCCAAUGUUUCUGGGGACCAGGAAUGUUUCCUUGCCAGCUGGCUGGCUUUUGUAGGAACCAUUCAUAAUAAUCGUUACUGAAAGAACAUGCACUUUUUUUUUUUUUUUUUACAUUUUCCAAGUAUUUAAGUAUUUACAAUCAAUUUUUAUUUCAUUUGCACUGUUUAAAGUUCAUUUGCAUACAGUUAUAAUGAUGAGUGUAAACUUGGGGUUGUUUUGAAGGUCAUGACCUUUUAACUUUGUGAUUACACAACAGGUUACAGAUUGUUUUCGUCUGUUUGGUAUUGACAAAGAAGUGAUUGUGUGCUUGUUUGUUAUAUUGAUGUCACCCUCAUAUUGUUAAUGAAAUAUUUUUUAUGAGGUUAUAUAUCACAUGCUUAAACACUUGAUCAAAAUUGUUUUAAAGUUAUUCGUAUUAUGUUGAAGACCUUGCCUGUGAAUUCUUUAGAGAAUUCAGUUGAGUCCUGUUUACGAUUCCCUCACACACAGUGUGAAAUGUGAUUUACUUUUUUAAAUCUGAUACAUUCCGCUCAAACAACAUUCCCAGGCUGAAAGCAGACAUCUGCGAAAAACAGACCACAUAAAGCAAAUAGUUCCCGUUUAUCUGAAAACAUUCCUCCAGCUCACGUACACGAAAUGUCAGUCACGCUAACAUUUAUAUCAUUGUAAACAUUUUCAAGAUUAUACAAAGAUACUGCUCCGAAAUUCGAUUAUUUAAAAAAUCUUCCAUAAACUUAGCCGAUGAAUGCACAUCUUAGCCUUUUGUUUUAGUUUACGUGGCAUACUCAUUAACUCAUCCACCCCUGAUGACACAUUUGGACUCUUCCAAUUCAAAGGUUGGAAUAGUUGAUUAUGAAAUUUCAGGGGUGAAUGAGGUAAAAUGUACUUAAGACUAUAAAACUAGGGAUAAUUAAAUGACCCCCUUGUGCUAUGUGGUAGAUAGAUACUUAGUUUUAUAGACAAUAUAUACUACAGAUUACUUGCCAUAUUUGAUAAUUCUUGCCAUGAAAUGAUAUUUACAAUAUUUGCCUGAUCAGUGAGUACUGGGAAUGUACUAAGUAUAUAUAUGGUCACUUGUGAUAAAUUUUAAAUUUAUAGAAUUGAGCUUUCAAGAUUUCUCACAAGAGUAAUCAUUCAUGCAUAACUUCACACAAGUCCUUGUAUCUAAUCCUUUCUCCUGGUAGGGGAUCAGUCUGUUGUGUGGUAAUGUUUGAUGCAAUCUAUUAUGCAGAACAACCCCCCCUCCCCCAAAGGUGAGACCCCGGGGAUUCACAGCAGUAGUUGAUGCAGCCCACACUAAGAUUAUGAUAAUAUAGAUAUAUAAAAAACCUGCCCCAUACACUAGACUUGAUCCAGGCUCUGUUAAUCCUGUAACUUGAGGUCUGGUUAUUGUUUGAGGAACUGGUUUUCACAACAGAAUUAAAUUGUAUUCUGUAAUUCCAAGAUAAGGUGUUUUAGAUUUGGUUGUAAUUAACAAAAUUUUGUAAAUUCAAAUUAAUGUGAAUGAUCUAUAUUACUAGUCCUGUAAGUCUGAUAUUGUGGAUAUUCUGUAUCAGUCAUUUAACUUAUAACAAUAUAAUUAUGGGGGGGGCCAAGUUGUUAAGGCGUCUGCCUUUCUGCUACCACUAGCCCUCCACAACUGGGUCGGGUUCGAGACCAACGUGGGGCAGUUGCCAGGUACUGGCCUUAGGUCAGUGGUCUUUCUCCGGGAACUCUGGCUUUCCUCCACCACCAAAA